UGCGCGCGGGGCGGGGGCCCGCACGGGUUCAGGGUUCGGGCGGCGGCUGCCAGGCAGGCAGGCAGGUGGAUCGGCGGGCACCGACGGCUUCCCGCGCCCCUCACACCUGCUCCCUUCCUUCCCACUUCGGCAGGGUAGCGAUCGGCAGCGCGAUGGACCUGGCCGGACUCCUGGUGGACGAGGAAGGCACCUUCUCGCUCACUGGCUUCCAGGACUUCUCGUUCCUACCAGGCCACCAGAAGCUGAGUGCCCGCCUCCGCCGGAGACUCUAUUAUGGCUGGGAUUGGGAAGGCGAGUGUAGCCUGGAGGAGCUCUCCAGCCCCGUGGCAGACAUUGCUGUGGAGCUACUCCAGAAGGCCGCCCCCAGCCCUAUUCGCCGUCUCCAGAAGAAAUAUGUAGCUCAUGUGUCCCGAGAAGCGUGCAUCUCCCCGUGUGCCAUGAUGUUGGCUCUGGUAUAUAUCGAGCGGCUCCGCCACCGGAAUCCGGACUACCUGCAGCACGUAUCCUCCUCCGACCUGUUUCUGAUCUCUAUGAUGGUGGCCAGCAAGUACCUCUAUGAUGAAGGGGAGGAGGAAGAAGUCUUCAACGAUGAAUGGGGCGCUGCAGGCGGUGUGGCAGUACCCACACUCAAUGCCCUGGAACGGGGUUUCCUGAGUGCCAUAGAUUGGCGUCUCUACACUGACCCACGGGAUAUCUUUGAGGUGCUGAAUUGGCUGGAAGGCUGUGUGGCUGAGCAGCAGGGCCUUCGGCGUGGCUGGUACACCUACACGGACCUCAGUGUGCUACUGGAGCGGCCGGCUUGGCAGCAGACCCUGGGAGCCCUGUGCCAGCAUCUGGCAAAGCUGUCCUGCUUGUUGGCUGUAGCCUAUGUGAGCAGUGUGGCCCUGACUGUGGCAUCUGUGGCUGUGAUCCACCAGUCCCUGGGAAUGUCUUGCAGCCCUCCCCCUGGGUCUCCAGACCUUGGACUGGCCUCUGGAUGCCUCCAAAAGCCUUGCACCCGCUCUCACGUGCCACAGUGCCUGCUGCCUCCUGCCAACAUCUCCGGUGGCACAGACAGGCUGCGCUCCCUCUGGGGCAAUCUUCUGGCCUCCCCAACACCCCCGCCCCAGCCUCCCCCUGACCCAUCCAUACCAUCGACCCUGCUCCCUAGCUGUCCCCUUUGUCAGAAAUUUCAGAGAAAGUCCCCAACCUGUCGUGCCUGCCAUUCUUCAAACCAUACGGCUCCCACAGAGCCCCCAAUGCCUUCGGCCCACCCACGGGGCCUGGCACAUGCCUGGCCCUGGAGCCCCAUGCCCCCCCUGCUGCCCCCACCCCAGCAGUGCUCCCUGUUCAGCCUGAUGGAAUUGGCCCGUCUCAGGUCCUUCAUUUUCCCUGGCUAGGAAGGGUGCAGGGGACUGUGUCAGGAGGAUGGGGGGGCCUAGGAACUUGAAGGGCAAAGCUUGGCUUCAGCCCAGCCUGUCUCUGGCCUCCCAGGUGAUUACGAGGUGCUGGGUCUGACCUGAUGGGCUCUCUGUUCGAUCCUGGGGUUUGGUCCUUUGAGGUCAGGGCAAUGAUGGUGGUAGGAAGCUUCAGCAUUGGGGGUCCAAGGCAGCCAUCACAGAUAAUGAAAGACCCCCAUCCCCAAUUUCUUUACCUCCCCUGGGCUCUUUUGUGAAGUUUUGCUUUUGAAUUUUCUGAGAUUAAAAGGUAGAGUGGGGUGUGGGAGAAGUGUGGGGAGGGAUCAGAGGCGUUGGUGGCUCUUGGUGAGGUCCCUGCAGCAGGAGAGCUAGCAGGGACUGAUGGGGCCAAUGAUGGUGGGGCCUCACGGGCCCCCGUGGGAUAGUGUAGCAGAGCUAGGGCCACAGGGACCUUUGCCCCACUGCCUUUUCUUCUACCUGCCCCCAGGCUUCCUCCUAGCUCUUCUGUUUGGGGGUCUUUGCAGGGUACGGUUCUCCUUACAGGCCUCUCUGGCCACUGCUUUGUAUCUGGGUUUUUUCACGCUUUUGUAGAACAGGUUUCAAUAAACAUUUUCGGU